AUGAUGACGAUAACCGGAGAUGUUAUUGCUGAAGAAGAAUCAACAUGUUCAAAGAGAAGGAAAGUUGGAAAUUUGAAGCUGCAAACUACAUUUUCAUUCAAGUAUUUGGUUACGCAAAAUUCUGGUUCAAAAGAUGGUUUUAUUGAUGAUGUUUUCAAUAAACAAAGUCCUUCUAUUUUGUUGGAUAAGCCAGAAAUUUGGUUUUCGCCAAAAUCCAUUGGAGAGCUUGAUGUUGCUGCAAUAAAGCUGCAGAAGGUUUAUAAGAGUUAUAGGACUAGAAGGAAUUUAGCAGAUUGUGCUGUUGUGUGUGAAGAGCUAUGGUGGAAGGCUUUAGAUUUUGCUGCACUUAGUAGGUGUUCUAUUUCACAUUUUGAUUCAGUUAAAUCAGAAACUGCUCUUUCAAAAUGGGCUAGAGCUAGAACUAUGGCUGCUAAGGUGGGAAAAGGAUUGUGUAAAGAUGAUAAAGCACAGAAAUUAGCACUUAGACAUUGGCUUGAAGCUAUUGAUCCUCGACAUCGAUAUGGACACAACUUGCACUUAUACUAUAAUGUUUGGUUUCAUAGCCAGAGCACUCAACCUUUUUUCUAUUGGUUGGAUGUUGGAGAUGGAAAAGAAGUAAAUCGUGACGAAUGUCCAAGAAUUGAUUUACAGAAGCAGUGUAUAAAAUAUCUUGGACCCAAAGAAAGGGAGGUUUAUGAAGUGAUUAUGGAGGAAGGAAAAUUUGUUUAUAGGAAAAGCAAGAACUUUGUACACACUUAUGAAGGAUCUAAGUGGAUUUUUGUUCUUAGCUCUUCAAGAAUUUUAUAUGUUGGAGAGAAGAAAAAAGGACAAUUUCAACACUCAAGUUUUCUAGCUGGUGGUGCUACUAUUGCUUCUGGAAGAUUGGUUGUCCAAAAUGGUGUUCUUCAUGCUAUAUGGCCCUAUAGUGGUCACUAUCGUCCUACAAAGAAGAAUUUCAUGGAAUUCAUUGGCUUCUUGAUGGAACACAAUGUGGAUUUGACAAAUGUAAAGAAGUAUCCAAUUGAUGAUGAUGUUCCACCUCCAGAACAUGUUGACAAUGAGGUUCACUUUGAGUCCACCAAGACUAAUGUAACAUCAAGUGACUCUAUCAAGUGUAGCCAAAACAAUGUGACAACUUCACAACAUAAAGAGUGCAAACCUUUGUCAAGCAAAUGGACCACAGGAGCUGGUCCUAGGAUUGGUUGUGUGAGAGAAUACCCUACAAAACUCCAAGCUAAGGCCCUUGAACAACUCAAUCUAUCACCUAGAGUCAACAAUGGAAAAGUCACUAAUAUGAUACCUAUUCCUUCACCAAGACCUAGUCCAAAAAUUCACUUGUCUCCUAGACUUGUGCAUAUGGGAAUUCCAAGUCCGAGAGUACACGUUACUUCGGCAAAUUAA